AUGGAGACAGAGAAUACCACAGUGGUGACAGAAUUUGUCCUACUUGGGCUGACCCAGUCUCAGGAUGUUCAACUCUUGGUCUUUGUGUUAGUCUUAAUUUUCUACGUCAUAAUCCUCCCAGGAAAUUUUCUCAUCAUUUUCACCAUAAGAUCAGAUCCUGGACUCAGUGCCCCACUCUACUUCUUCUUAGGCAAUUUGGCCUUCCUAGAUUCAUCCUAUGCCUUCAUUGUGGCUCCCAGGAUGCUGGUGGACUUCUUUUUAGAGAAGAAGGUAGUUUCCUACAGAUGCUGCAUCACUCAGCUCUUUUUCUUGCACUUUCUAGGAGCAGGAGAGAUGUUCCUCCUUGUUGUGAUGGCCUUUGAUCGCUACACUGCCAUCUGUCGCCCUUUGCACUACUCAACCAUCAUGAAUACUAGAAGCUGCUAUGCAUUACUCUUGGCCCUGUGGCUUGGGAGCUUUGCACAUUCCAUUGUACAAGUGGCCCUUAUCCUACACUUGCCUUUCUGUGGCCCAAACCAGCUGGACAACUUUUUUUGUGAUGUGCCUCAGGUCAUCAAGUUGGCCUGCACGGAUACCUUUGUGGUGGAGCUCCUGAUGGUCUCCAACAGUGGCCUGCUGACAGUUCUGUGCUUCCUGGGACUUUUGUGCUCCUAUGCUGUCAUACUCUGUCGUGUUCGCGGGCAGUCCUCUGAGGGGAAAAGGAAGGCUGUCUCCACAUGCACCACACACAUUAUCAUUGUGUUCCUCAUGUUUGGUCCUGCCAUUUUUAUCUACACUCGACCCUUCCAGGCUUUUCCAGCUGACAAAGUGGUUGCUCUCUUUCACACAGUCAUCUUCCCUUUGAUGAACCCUGUGAUUUAUACACUUCGCAAUCAAGAAGUGAAAUAUUCCAUGAGGAAAUUGUUAAAUCAAUAUGUGGCUUGCUAA